AUGAAUGGGAACACCAACAUACCAGAUGAUCAACUCAUCGAGGAGAUCUUUCAAGAGAAGCAAACCAUUCACGCAGAUGACGCAAUCGAUUAUGAGGAUAUAGAUGAGUUGGCUGAUUUGGAGGAAGAGCCAGCCAAAUACAAUCAUGAUGAUGAUGAGUUUAAUCAGAAGGAAUCCAGAGCCGAUUCUGAGGAAGCACAUCAGCUUGCUGAGGACCAGUUUGACACAAUGUUUGGCGACGAUCUUGACAACCUUGAACACCCUGCAGAGCCGGAUGACUUUGGAGGUAUAUUCGACGACCAGGAAGUAAAUGAGAAACGCAGAAUCGAGAUACGACAGAAGGUGUUUGCAAGAAUAGUAAAGCUAGAGCAACAAAGAGUGAGGCGAAACAUUAGACACUACUUUCCAUUCUAUUCCAAAGACAAGCCAUUGGAUUUCUUCAAAUUUUUCCUUCCACGGCCUAUGUUUUACAAAUACAAGAGGCCAUAUAUAACCUGUGAAAAGGUCAUGAAGCACCUAACGCCAAAAGUGAGCUUGGACCAAAAUAAGCUCCCCAAAAAUGUGACAGAAAUUACUCAGCGCGAUUUGGAAUUUAUCGAAAACUUGCAAGCUAAGAGUGCCUCGUUAGACUCCUUUGUCAAAGAGCUUGAUUAUACCAAGCGUGACUGGCUCAAUGGUGACAAAUUCAAAGACUACUCUAAAGACUUGAUAUUGUCAACGGCAGAUUGGGAUGAUGAUGCGAUAAUCAAUGGCGAAUCCACUGUGAAGCCACUCAAGGAGUGGGAUCUCAAUCUGGACGACGAAUUUGAUGUCUUUGAUGGACAGAUUGAUCUUGAAAAGUUGAAACUUGAUAUGAACGACCCCAAUUUAUUGCUUGUUCCGAUUCAAGCCAAACAAAGGUCUAUAACUCUAGACAAAUUCAAUUUGUCGAAUGAUAACGAGUAUGAACUUUUGCGAAGAAACUACAAUACUAAACAGAGAUCACACUUGAGCAACUUAACCAUUGAGCAUUCCAUUCCAGCAAUGAGGUUACAAACACCAUACUAUAAAGUUAGGCUCUCCAAAGCGGAAGCCAGAGCAUUCCAUCGUCCAGUUUUUCAUGUUCGCCCAGGUACUUUGAUGAGCUUUUCCAAGUUAAAAUUGCGUAAAAAGAAAAAAGACAAGGGUAAAUCAUUGCAUGAGAUGUUUGUGAAGACAACUGACUUGACUGUUGCUGACACGGCAAACAUAAUCACAAUGGAGUAUACAGAGCAGUAUCCUCCCAUCGUGUCCAAUUUUGGUAUGGGGUCCAAGUUGAUUAAUUAUUAUCGCAAACGGAGCCCAGAUGAUACCUCGCGCCCUAAAGCUCAAUUCGGAGAAACUCAUGUCUUAGGAGUUGAAGACAGGUCACCGUUCUGGAACUUUGGAGAAGUAUAUCCUGGCGAAUUUGUUCCCACGUUGUACAACAAUAUGAUAAGGGCGCCCAUUUUUAAACAUGAACCUAGGAAUACUGAUUUUCUAUUGAUUCGUUCACAGGGGGCCGGGUCGCACCAAAAAUACUAUCUACGCUCAAUGAAUGUAAAUUUUGCCGUGGGAAAUAUCUUUCCAGUGGAGAUCCCCGCUCCUCAUUCCCGUAAAGUCACCAAUAUAUCCAAGAAUAGGUUGAAAAUGAUUGUUUACCGGGUGAUGAAUUCCAAAAAUGCUCCUCGCAUUUCGGUAAAAGAUGUUUCAAAACACUUUCCUGAGCAAACUGAUAUGCAAAAUAGGCAACGAUUGAAGGAGUUUAUGGAGUAUCAAAGACAAGGUGAUGACCAAGGCUUUUGGAAAGUUAGAGGCAUGAAUGAUGUAAUUCCUUCAGAGGAGGAAAUACGGAGUAUGAUCACCCCAGAAGACUCUUCUUUAAUGGAUGCGAUGCAAUUCGGUCAGCAAGCAUUGGAGGAUAUGGCGAUGUUAUUUGGUGAUGAAUCAAAACUAAUGAGUAAUCGCAAGAGAAAGGAAACCGAGAAAAAAGACGAGGCUAAUGAAGACGCCACGGAGACAGAAGAGUCAAGGAGAGAGAAGGAGAGGAAACGGAAUAAAGAGCAGGAUGACAUUGAAGCAGAGGAAGAAAUGGCACCUUGGAACUUGUCUAGGAAUUUCGUUGUUGCAAAUCAGACUAAAGCUAUGUUACAGCUAAACGGUGAAGGAGACCCAUCAGGUAUUGGUUUAGGGUACUCCAUGUUGCGCGCUACGCAAAAGAACCCAUUCAAGCCGUUAUUCCCACCACCACCAGAGGCUGUACCCAAAAGCAAUGCUGCUGCUUAUAACCAAAAAUUAUAUGAACAGGAGAUAAAAAGAAUUUGGUAUUCCCAACGAACCUCAUUGGUGGAAUCGUAUGAGCAGAUAUACAACGAAUACAAACCUUCUGACCAUGAGCAAUAUUUUAUAGACAAGUUGAAACAAGACAAGAAAGAGCAAGAUCAACCCAAUGACGAUAAAGUUUUACGCAUUACCAGAAGAGUUCGAGACCACAACGGUGUCGUACAAAGAAAAGUUGAAACUAUUACUGACCCGCGUUUGAUUCGUGCCUACAUUAAACGUAAAAAAUUACUUGAAGAUGAGUUGCUUAGGAAUGCCGACGUUGACGAAAUUUUGCCUACAAACGAUGCCGAAUUGAACAAACUUCGCCGAAAAGCAUUGGAGGAAAAGCUUGCCAAUUUGGAAAAACGAGCCAAACAAAGUAGGGCUAAGAAGCCACCCAAUGACGCCAUUCAUGCUGCUGCUGCUGCUGGUGCCACCAUCAUCGAUGCAAACACGGUCAUGUUGCCCGAUGGCUCUUAUGUCAUCGGUGGAAAGGGGAUUGGUAAAGGAAACUCCACCACUAGGAGGUGCAAGAGUUGUGGCUCUUUUGGUCAUAUCAGGACAAACAAGACCUGCCCGUUGUAUGACCAAAUGAUUGCUGGAACUUUACCCAAAAAAAAUAUUUAG